AUGUCCGGUGAGCUGCGAAGCUCACACCGGAUCCAGAACCCCACCGAACCUUCGUCUCGUGUCCCUGUGAAACGGUCCUAUAUAGAUUACCUCAAAGGCAUCAAUACCCGCUUCAAGCAACUCUCCGACAACGUUCUGCCUGCCUCGCCAUAUCUUCUCACCGUCCCUACCGAUAGGCCUUUCCAUCUAGGUUCUCAGUUUGUGAGCAAUUGGGCCGUGGGUGAUAACAGACCCUUUGCGCCGGAGGAGGAACAUCUCCAGUACAUGACUUUUCUGUCCCACCAAGGCGAGGAUACUCUACUUGUUGCUGUUGGGGAUUGGUCUGAUGAACGCGGAAACAUUAUGGAAGAAGAUACCUCGAAACCCCCAAGCAUCAACACGAGCGCCGCUACCGAUACAUCCAAAAUCAACCUCCAAAGAAAGAAGAUCAGUCUAAGUGACUACAAAAAGAAAGCAAAUGAAACUCCCAGAUCUUCUUUGAAAGGUGCAACGGACCGAAAAAAUGGAGCUGGCCAUGCGACAACUUCAGAAGCGAAAUUUAGCAGAUCGCUAGAACGACCUUCACUGGUCAAGCAGUCCGUAUCCUCCUAUUCUGGAAGAAAAGAUACCGAAUCUCCAGCGCCAGAAAAUCGCUACAACGGAACUUCCCAACACAAAAAUAUCCCUGAAGGAAAUUCCAGAUCUAUUCCACCGCCCUAUACAUCCCCGGCACCACCUCGAGAAUCUCCAUCUCCCAACAAGAAAGCACGACUCUCAACUACAAAAGAAUCCACAGAUAAUACUUCCACGAAAUUCAGAAAUGGCCCACCUGUUGUUCCCGCCUUACUUUCUCCAACUCUUCCUCCUACCAGCAUUGCGCCAAAGCUCCCUAGACUUCUCUCCCCAACACUUCCACCCGAUAUUGAAGAAGAGCUAGCAAAGAUAGAGGACGAGGAGCCGUCCUUAAAUGGAAGCGUUGAUUCUAAGAAAAUCACAUUUUCUGCGUCUGGAGGACCCAAACCAGAAAGACCACCGUCUAAGUUGACCCAAUCCAGAGCCCAUUCCAAUUCUACGUCCAGUUCAAGUGAUAAAUGCUCAAAGGCUAGAAUAUUGUCGUCUUCUACGUCCAGGUUAAAAAAUAGUAGCGGCGCACAAUCUAUCCCUGCUUCGAGCGAUCGAACUCCCAGAGUUUCUGAAAAUAAACUUUCACGUAUCCCGUCAAAGUCCAAGGGCCCUGCAGAGCCCGCUAAACCCAAACUUAUCGUGAAACUGAGAUACGGAAGGGCGAAUCGAAAACGGAUAGAAGCUUUGCUAAGGUUUUCUGGUAAAUACAAAACCACAUCCGAUAGCAGGACUCCGAAACAAAAAGAUGCACCUGAAAAAAGCCCGAAGAAAGGUAAAACUCUUUCUUCGAGGUCAGCCGACACGCAGUGUCAGGAAAAACGACCGAGACAAACGGAGGACGACGACAGUCAGUGUCCAGCUCCCAAGCGCCGGAAACCCGCCGCCAUUUCGAGCACAGAGCGACCAAGAACCCCUGUCACUGCUACAUUCAAAUCUCCUUCAAUUCAGCAGCAGUCAACAACAUCAAAGAGCCAGUUUCUUACUCCAAAUAAAGAUGUAAGAGGGCACGCUAUGCGCCGCCUGGGAUCUGGAGAUGGAGAUGCGCGAACCCCAGCAGGCAUGGACCGUGCAAUGAAUACCAGCACUCCGGGAAGCGCAGGGAAGACGAUUACAAAACACUCCCCUCCAAUUUCUACGGACAGUCAAACAUGCAGGGCUCGAGAUUCACCAGAAUAUCGCCAAUGGCGGGACGAAUUCCUAAAAUAUAUCAGUCUAGGUCGCGAGCUAAAACAUGCAUCCCAGAGAUAUACCGGCCCCCAAGCGACAGACGUGGACGAAAAACUUGGAGCUGCCAUCGCUGUUGAGUCCGUCCUUUGUUUUAUCCUUGCGUUUAUCCUAGAAGACCAAGCCAAAGCUCUGUGCCAGCGAGUCGGAGAUUCGGCGGGCUGGCGAUCCAUCGUCGCAUACUGGAAUGCAGUGAAACAUAUCACAGCUCCUUAUCCGCACCUGCACGGCCUUUGUGCCUUCCUUGGCGCAGUCUCCCACGAUGCCAUCCAUGCCUUUGACCUCGAGCGUCUUUUAAAUUUCAAUAUACCAAGCGAGAAUAGUCCGGUUCCCACGCCCAACAGCGAUGGAAACACAAUCAAUUCAGAAGAUAGCAAGAAGAGCCAGAGGGAGUUUAAAGAACUGAGAACGCGACUCUUCGAUUCUCACAAGGAAGCUAAAAGACUCUGGCUGGAGGGUAUGUGCGAAUUAUCCGAAGAGGUCCUCUCCCGCCAAUAUCCAACUACGUGGUCGAAGCGGUCGAAGAAUUUCUUGGUAAGGGGCAGAGAGAAAUUGCUCCCUGAAGAGUAUUCGGGUGAAUAUUUUUUACCACUGGGUCAUGCGACGACGCCUGUUGAGGUAGUCCGGUUUGGAUUGGCGUUACUGACUGAAUGGACUGAGAGAGAAGGAGUCAGGUGGAAAGGCCGACUUGGGUUAUGA